AUGUUAUUUUUUGUGUUGUUUAUGGUUUUAGUUUUUUUUUUACUAGUGGUUUUACUGUCAUAUUUUUUUAUAGGUUCUGAGUUUUAUAAAAGCUCUCCAUUUGAAUGUGGUUUUCAGCCUUUUAUAGUAAGGGGGUCUUCUUUUUCUAUACCUUUUUUUGUAAUUUCUUUGAUAUUUCUAUUAUUUGAUGUAGAAAUUAUUAUUAUAAGAUUCCCACCUUUUGUAAGAGAGUACUUUUUUAUUUAUUAUUGGUUUGUGAUUUUAUUAGUACUAUUAGCCACUUGUUAUGAGUGGUUAAGGGGUAUUUUAUCCUGGGUAUCUAGCUUUUAA